AUGGUAAGUACCUCGGAGAUCAAAGGGAUCGAGGUCCCAGAUGACCCUCCUCAACCCUCCCAAAAGGAGACUGAAAGUUAUGAGAAGAUUGGGGGAAAACUGGAGGAAGGUGAGUGGAAAUUACCAGAUGGGAGAGAAUUAGUCUCUAAAGGUUUUACCAGGAGGAUUUUGAGGAAGCUGCACCAGGGAAUUUACAAAUUGGCCAAACAAGAGGUACAAGGAUGCCUGAUUUGCCAGAAAGUUAACAAGCCUAAGGCAAGACAGGCAAUCCUGGGGAGUCGCCCCAUCGCGUACCGACCAUUUGAAAGGAUUCAAGUUGAUUUCACUGAAUUGCCCAAGGUGGGGAGGUUCAAAUUUGUGCUUGUGAUCGUGGACAAAUUGACCCACUGGGUGGAAGCUUUCCCCAGUCCAAAGGCAACGGCUCAGACAGUGUCCAGGAAAUUGCUGGAAGAAAUUGUGCCCCAAUAUGGGGUGGUGAAUUACAUUGAUUCGGAUCAAGGAACUCAUUUUACGUCAAAAAUUAUUAAGCAGAUGGCGGAGGCGCUAGGCAUUCGGUGGGAAUACCACACUCUGCGGCAUCCCCAGAGCUCAGGACAGGUGGAAAGGAUGAAUCAGACCUUGAAAGUGCAGUUGUCUAAAUUAAUUUUAGAAAUUCGGAUGUCCUGGUUGAAAUGCCUACCUUUAGCCUUGCUUAAUAUCAGGAUGAUUCCCCAUUCAGAGAUGGGGCUCUCACCCUUCGAGAUGCUAUAUGGAAUGCCAUAUAAGCACGGGAUGCCAGUGGGACACCCCAGACUUGAGGACAGCCAGAUUCAACCAUAUUUGGUAGUGAUAAACAGGAAUUUACAGGAACUGAGAAAACAAGGGAUAGUAUCUCAGAGCUCCCCUCUGGGAUUCACUAUUCACAAAAUUCAACUGGGUGACAGAGUGCUUGUGAAAGUCUGGAAAGAUGUACCCCUCUCCCCCCACUGGGAAGGCCCCUUUCUUGUACUUCUGACAACAGACACGGCCAUUGGGACUGCGGAGAAAGGCUGGAUACACGCGUCUAGGGUGAAGAAAAUCGAACACCAGGAAGAAGCACUCAAAAGGGGACAGAGGCCAAAGAGAUUGUGCACUCAGUGUCUGGAAGAGGAGCUUGAACUGACUGACCGUACUCUAACCCUAGCCACAAAUUUAGGAAUCAUUGAAUUGGACUCGCAGGAGUGGUUUCACAUUUUUCAGAACGGGGUGCGUGGAAAGCUCAGGUCUAAGGCAGAGAUUCUGGAUGUGGAGUGUCGGAAGUCAAUCAAAGUACCGUGCAGCUCACAUGCUGUCAAGGUCUCAAGACUCCCUUCCUUUCCACAUCUGACCUCUGCCUUUUUAGGUGACAAUAAGCUAAUAUCUGUAGGUAACAGAGAAAUAACUGCAACACACCUCGAAUUAGAAAGAAAUUGGUUGGCAAAACUAGGUGACCUGUAUGUUCUUUUCCAAAUUCCAGAUCUGCAGUAUAUCUUCUUAAAACAGAACUAAUUCUCUUACUGUGUGAAGAGUGAUAAUGUUAUAGAAAGCAAUCAGUUAGUAUAUAUGGAUCUUGGUGAAAAUAUGUUACAGCUGGUGUGGGAGAGAGAUUUAUGUUUGGAUGUGUUUGGGGCAUUGCCCAAACUUCAAGUUCUAUAUCUGAAUAACAACUACCUCAGUGCUCUUCCACAGGAGAUUUUUAGAAGUCUACCAUCUCUUAAAAGACUUUACCUGGCUUCCAACCUGUUGUCUCAUCUUUCUCCUGGGAUUUUCCCACAAAGCCUAACAAACCUAAACUUAUUCAGAAACCAGCUGUUUUCCCCUGAGCCUGAAGUCUUUAUGACUUUGAGUAUUCUGGAUAUAACACAUAAUAAUUAUGUCUGUGACUGUGCUUUAAAGAGCCUGCUAGUGUGGCUGAAUGAAACAAAUGUAACCCUGGCUGGCUCCCAGUUUGACAGGUAUGGUGUGUACCCCCCUGCCUUUGAAGGGGUACCCCUGUCAUAUAUGAAGUACGAUGACUGUGAUGAAGAUGAACUCCAGCAGACACUCAGAUUCUCACUCUUCAUCUUCUUCUUGGUCAUUCUUCUCAUGUUUCUGGUGGCAGUCAUAAUUUUUACUUGCGUCUGGGGGAUUUGUUUCAUCCGGUAUAAAACCACCACAAAAAGACUAAUAGACAACCAACCAUGAGCAGUAGAUAAAAAUGAAUACAAAUAUGAUUCAUAUCUGUGCUACAGCAAAAACGACUUUGAAUGGGUCCAGAAUUCUUUCCUAAAGCACCUGGACUCACGGUAUUUUGAUAACAACAGAUUUACCUUGUGUUUUGAGUAAAGAGAUUUCAUGCCUCUUUACUCAAGAAUCAAAAAUAUUAAUGACGCCAUUUGGAACAGCAGGAAAACAAUUUGCAUUGUGACCAAGCAGUUUCUCAAAGAUGAGUGGUGUGUGGAAGCCUUUAAUUUGGCCCACAGCAGGUACUUCUGUGAUCUGAAGGAUGUCCUCAUUAUGGUAGUGGUUGGGUCACUUUCUCAGUAUCAACUGAAGAAACACAAACCAAUCUGAAACUUCCUACAAAGGAAUCAGUAUUUGCGGGAUUAUCAAGAUUAUCAAGAUGUGGACUGUUUUUUAGAUAACCUUUCUUGACAAAUUCUGAAAGAAAUAAAAAUGCGAAGGAAAACUGGUGGUAUAGAGCUGCAGCCUGUAGCAACUGUCUCACAUUGA